GUGUCUGGUGCUGCUGCUGCUGCUGCUGUUCUGUCUUGUGGGGGGAUUUUGGCUGUCGCGCGUCUCAACGGACGGUUUGUAUUGUCCGGGGGGGACGGCUGUUUGUCUGUGAUGUAGUUUGUCUUUUGAACUACUACCUUCAAUCUCGUAUCCAUCUGUGAUCCAUUCGGUAUUGCGGUUGACACUUUGAAGGGAUUUGAAAUACCGCGCUAUGGCUCUCUCCCAUUCCUCCAGCGAGAUGAACGGCGCCGCAUUCCCCUCGCCCACCGCCGAGAUGGCCGAGAUCAAUCGCAUUCACUACGAUCUAGAAUACACGGAGGGCAUCAGCCAGCGAAUGCGGGUCCCUGAGAUGCUCAAAGUGGCCCCCUACUCCACCGACGACCAGGAGAAGGGUUUUUUCGACGCACCCCACAGCGUCAUGAUGCAUGUGCCCGAGAGGAUCGUGGUGGCAGGCGAUGGCGACGAUUCCCAGUUCCCCAGACCUCGAGACCUGGACCUUAUCCAGUCCACUCCACUGGAGGGGGUGGCCCUGAAGACGCCUCCGAGGGUCCUCACCCUCAGUGAACGGCCCCUGGACUUCCUCGAGAUGGAACGGUCCAGUGCACCCAGCCAGCCCACUGAAGAGGUGCGGUCACAUGGUCGUCUACGCAGAGAGCGCUCUGCCAGCGAGAACACUGCCACGCGCCAAAAUGGCCAGCUACCCCACAAUGACUCCAUCGUGACCACGUCUGCACCGGCCCCUGUGCGAGCUGUGGUACCCCUGGGGGUCCCCGCGGAGGAGGAGGGGGGCGAGUGGCUGAGCUCCCCUGGCGGCCUGCUCUCCUUCCUGCAGACCAGCACGCGCCGGGCCUACCAGCACGUCCUGGAGGUCCUGGACGAGAACCACAGCAGCAAACCUGUGCUGAGAGGAGGCUCUUCCUCUUCCUCUUCAAAUCCUGGCCCUGACUCCAGGUGUGCUCUCACCACAAUGGACACAACAUUGGAAGGAGGACCCGAUGACAUGGCUGUAGUUGAUGCAACAACGCUCCGGCGACAGAUCAUCAAGCUGAAUCGCAGGCUACAACUGCUGGAGGAUGAGAACAAGGAGCGGGUGAAGCGCGAGAAGAUCAUGUACUCCAUCACCGUAGCGUUCUGGCUCAUCAACACCUGGGUGUGGUUCCGUCGUUAGUGCCCCUUCACUCCAAAGCCGUCCCCUUUUGGCCACAGACCCUGUCCCUGUCGAGGGAGCGUAGAGCUGGAGGAGGAAGCUAAGCCAUUGCCUGUGUUCUGUGUGUCAAAAACUGUUUGCCAAAUACUGCGCUCUCUCUGUCUCUCUCUCUGUCUCUCUCUCUGUCUCUCUCUCUGUCUCUCUCUCUCUCUCUGUCUCUCUCUCUCUCUCUCUCUCUCUCUCUCUCUCAUAGGCUAUAGCUGGAAAGCCUUGGUAGGGGAACAGUGUGUUUUUGGUUAAAGGGAUACUUGUAUUCAUUUUUGAUUCUUUUCUCGUUUUAUUUUGUUAUACAUAUGGAACUUGUAAAUGUAUUAUUAUUUUUAUAUGACUUCAGUUGUUUUUUUCCUGUGUUCCUCGGUUUUGUAUGUUUUUAAGACCAUCCUGCUGUUAGCACAAAAUGACGCAAGCUUGAGUGACUUGUAUAUACUUCCUCUCAGCUCUCUGAGAGAUCUGGUUGUAUUUAUUAUUUCUAGGAUGACCACUUUCCGCACAUGGAAGCAAGCUGUUGGUGUAUUAUAAAAUAAUAGGACUUAUAUUGUGAAUGCAUAUUUAAAAGUAUAGCAUUGUACAACAUCCUCGUUAUGCAACAUUAUGCAACACGUGUAUUUCUGUUGAAUUCUGCAAUCAAACAUUUAAAUUCAUUUAUAAUCAGUUUCCCCAGCAUUAAUUUAUGAGACCAUCUGAUCAUCAAUAUCAAUUUGUGUAAUUUCUUUCAUCUUCAUACAACGUCAAUACAAUGUUCAAUAUGUAUUUUUUUUGCGGUCAAUAAUAUUAUAUCACAAACACAAAUCGAUUAAAUUAACUACAACAGUG